AUUAUCCGUAAAACAAAAUGAUUAGUAAUUUACAAAAAACUACCUGAAUAUAUUAAGUAUAAAUGCGAGCCAAUAAUGAAGUAGGAACAUCACUGCAUAACUAAUGACGAUGAGCAACCACGGUGGAGAUUGCUGCAAGAGCGGGCCAGGUUACGCCACGCCUCUCCUCGCGAUGUCUGGUUUGCGCGAGAAUCUCAUCUAUGUCGCUGCCAUAUACACUGGAACCGGCCAAGACAAGCCAGAUUACUUAGCGACAGUAGAUGUUGAUCCUAGUUCGUCGACAUACUCAAGUGUCAUCCACAGAUUAUCAAUGCCUUUUCUUGGAGAUGAACUUCAUCACUCAGGCUGGAACUCCUGCAGCUCUUGCCAUAGUGAUCCUUCUUGCGAAAGACGUUAUCUCAUCUUGCCCUCGCUUCUGUCUGGCCGCAUCUACGUGGUCGAUACAAAAACGAACCCAAAGGAACCAUCUCUGCACCGAGUUGUAGAGCCUGCUGAGGUUCUGGAGAAGACGGGAUUGGCUUACCCGCAUCAGCCACACUGCUUAGCUUCCGGAGAUUUGCUUGUUUCUUGUCUUGGGGACAAAGAUGGAAACGCAGGAGGCAGUGGGUUUCUCUUACUUGAUUCUGAGUUUAACGUCAAAAGAAGGUGGGAGAAAGAAGGAAGUAGUCCUUUGUUUGGGUAUGAUUUCUGGUACCAACCUCGGCAUGAGACGAUGAUCAGUACCUCUUGGGGGGCACCGGCCGCGUUUACCAAAGGGUUUGAUCUGAAAGACGUCUCUGAUGGCUUGUAUGGAAAGCUUCUACAUGUCUAUAGUUGGCCUGAAGGCGAACUGAAACAGAUACUUGACCUUGGUGAUAACGGGCUUUUACCCUUAGAGAUAAGAUUCUUGCACGACCCCACCAAGGCUACGGGAUUUACAGGAUGUGCUUUGUCAAGUACUAUUGUGAGAUUCUUCAAGAACGAGGAUGAAACAUGGAGCCACGAGGUGGCCAUCUCGGUGAAACCUCUGAAAGUUGAAAACUGGAUUCUCCCGGAGAUGCCAGGGCUUAUUACUGACUUUCUAAUAUCUCUUGACGACCGGUUCCUCUAUUUUUCCAACUGGCUUCACGGAGAUAUUCGUCAGUACAACAUUGAGGACCCGAAAAAUCCUGUUUUGACUGGACAGCUACAUGUAGGCGGGCUAGUUCAAAAGGGAAGCCAUGUCUUUGCCUUGGGAGAAGAGGACGAAACCUUUCAGUUCGAUGUCCCUAUGAUCAAGGAUCAACGUCUGAGAGGAGGUCCGCAGAUGUUUCAGCUGAGCUUAGACGGGAAUCGACUGUACGUGACGAACUCGUUGUUUAGUGUUUGGGACAAACAGUUUUAUCCAGAACUUGUGGAGAAAGGCUCACACAUGUUGCAGAUUGAUGUUGAUACGGACAAAGGUGGUCUCUCCAUUAACCCUAAUUUCUUUGUGGACUUUGGGUUCGAACCGGAUGGUCCUUCUCUCGCUCAUGAGAUGAGGUAUCCUGGCGGCGACUGCACCUCCGAUAUCUGGGUUUAGAUUGGACACUAAACUUACGGUUUCUAUGGAAGUUGUCUUUUACUUUUAUUAAUGGGUUUGUGUGAACACAAUAAAUGUUGAUACUUCAUAUGCAAAACACACUUGUGAGUAA